AUGCAAUCGUAUGAAACAUUCCAAGCCUUCCUUGACGUCUUUAUGAGAGGUCGGGAUGCCAUACUGAGUAAAUGGCCAGCACACGUUACUUACUGGUGGAAGAAAAAAGACGAGGACAAUGUUUUGUUCUUAAAAUAUGAAGACAUGAAAAAGGACUUAGAGGGAACUGUCAGAAUGGUAUGCACCUUCCUUGGAAAGACACUGACAGCAGACGAAACGCAGCGAAUUUCUGCAGAUUGCACAUUUGAGGAGAUGAAAAAGCGCAAAGUGAAGGACUAUGUCUGCCAAUACUAUGGAAUUGAUUCUAUGAUAUCACCAUUUGUGCGAAAGGGUAAAGUUGGUGGCUGGAAAAAACACUUUACUGUUGCUCAAAAUGAAGAGUUUGAUAAAUGGUACUUUGAAUCGCUUGAAGGGACUGGAUUGUCAUUUGAAUUUUCUUGA